CAUGUGGUCCGACUGGUCUGAACAGGGAAACAUAUGAGAUUCUGGGUGGAUGAUCUGAUGUGGAGUCUUUGAACCUUCUGUAUUUAUUAAAAUACUGCUGUUAUGAUGGUGCACGCAGGUCACUCAGCCUCUCUGGCACUGCUCAUAUCAUUUGCUUUUGGUGUUGCAGAUGCUAUUCGAACUCUGAAAGAUGGACCCAUGAUCGAUGCUGAAGGAAGAGAAUAUAAAUCUGUCCCAUUGAGAACUGAAACAGAAAGUGCACCAGAAUUCUACGAUGGAUCUCCAGUCCGUGUACAAUGCACAGAAACAUAUAUGGUCAUUGUGGUGAAGGCCGACCUGUAUAAAAAUGGCCGCCUGCUGUCUCCUGAAGAGCUUUUAUUGGGAGGAGUGGAUCAAUCACAGGACAGUCAGUGCAGAGUAGCUGCUACCAGUGACUCUGAAUAUGUAAUAGAAGCUGAGCUGCAGAACUGUGGCUCCAAAUUAACUAUAUCUGAGGACUCUGUGAUUUACUCAAACAAGCUGAUAAUCUCACCAACUACCAGUUAUCACGGCAUUACAAGAAAAGCUCAUUCUGUUGUUCCUGUAUCCUGCUACUAUAAAAGGACACAGCUUGUGAGCAGCAGCUCCCAGCAGCCGGCCCUCAGCCUGCCCACUCCUGCACAACUUCCUGCAGCUGAUUUCUCUCUCAAGCUGAUGACUGAUGACUGGACAGGUGAGAGAUUCUCCAGUGUUUUCCACCUGGGAGACCUCCUGCACCUCGAAGCGUCUUACAGCGGUCCUGAUUCAGGACAAAGACGACUCUUCAUCGACAGCUGUGUGGCCACUCUGUCACCUGACGCAUCAUCACUCCCCAGAUACUACUUCAUUGACAACCAUGGGUGCUGUGCUGACGCAGCAGAAGGAGCAUCAAACUCCUUGUUCACACCCAGAACAAGAGCUUCGUCUCUUCAGCUGCAGCUUGAUGCUUUCCUGUUUCACCACCAUCCAAGGAACUCAAUAUUUAUCACUUGCUAUCUGAAAGCGACCUCUGAAAUGUGGAGGAGCAGCCCAGUGAACAAGGCCUGCAACUAUAUACAUUCAAGAUGGAUGAAUGUGGAUGGGAGUGAUGAUGUGUGUCGGUGUUGUGGCAGUAGCUGUUACAAAAGUUCUCCCAACGAUCAAACUCAUCUGAGACGUGUGAUCCCUGAAGAUAUCGUGGCAUGUGGAGCUGUGACACUCGGCCCUCUGAUGGUUUUCCCCAGCAAGUAGAACAAAAUAAACAUCCAUAUUUAAAUGAUGCCCUUUUAAUUGUCUUCACAGGGUGACAUUAAAAACAUCCUGAAUCAAGAGAGUGAA